UUGAAAGUGGCGAGUGUACCGCAGGCGCCUACAUGGGGGGAACAGUAAUCAGAUGGCUACCGUCUACGUUUUGUGCUAGAAAACAAAAUCAGUCAUAGGCAUCCAUGUUGAUCUUGGAAAUAAAAGGAUUUAAAAAAGUUAAGUUUGCACAAAAAACACGAACUUUGCCAUCUCCCUUUUGAUCUGAAGACUGGGGGACAAUGGAUAUUAUAGAGACAGCAAAACUUGAAGAACAUAUGGAAAAUCAAACCAAUGAUCCCGCAAAUACUUACACGAGACCUGCCGAGCCUGUCGAAGAAGAAAACAAAAAUGGCAACAGUAAACCUAAGAGCUUAUCCAAUGGGUUGCGAAAGGGCACCAAAAAGUACCCGGACUAUAUCCAGAUUGCUAUGCCCACUGAAUCCAGGAACAAAUUUCCCCUGGAGUGGUGGAAAACAGGCAUUGCCUUCGUGUACGCCCUUUUCAACCUCGUCCUAACCACCGUCAUGAUCACAGUUGUACACGAAAGGGUGCCUCCCAAGGAGCUCAGCCCCCCACUACCAGACAAGUUUUUUGAUUACAUUGAUCGGGUAAAAUGGGCAUUUUCUGUAUCAGAAAUAAAUGGGAUUAUAUUGGUUGGAUUAUGGAUCACCCAGUGGCUGUUUCUGAGAUACAAGUCAAUAGUAGGACGCAGAUUCUUUUUCAUCAUUGGAACUUUAUACCUGUAUCGCUGUAUUACGAUGUACGUCACCACUCUCCCUGUGCCUGGCAUGCAUUUCCAGUGCGCCCCGAAGCUCAACGGAGACUCUCAGGCAAAAAUACAACGGAUUCUGCGAUUGAUUUCCGGUGGUGGAUUGUCCAUAACUGGAUCCCAUAUCUUGUGUGGAGACUUCCUCUUCAGCGGUCACACUGUUGUGCUGACACUUACUUAUUUGUUCAUCAAAGAAUAUUCGCCUCGUCACUUCUGGUGGUAUCAUUUAAUCUGCUGGCUGCUGAGUGCCGCCGGGAUCAUCUGCAUUCUUGUAGCGCACGAACACUAUACUGUCGAUGUGAUCAUUGCUUAUUAUAUUACAACACGGCUGUUUUGGUGGUACCAUUCAAUGGCCAAUGAAAAGAACUUGAAGGUCUCUUCACAGACGAAUUUCUUGUCUCGAGCAUGGUGGUUCCCCAUCUUUUAUUUUUUCGAGAAAAACGUACAAGGCUCAAUUCCUUGCUGCUUCUCCUGGCCACUCUCCUGGCCCCCUGGCUGCUUUAAAUCUUCAUGCAAAAAGUAUUCACGGGUUCAGAAGAUCGGUGAAGAUAAUGAGAAAUCUACCUGAGGAGCAAAACAAAGGCAUCAGCUCUUAUACCAAAAGAGUUAACGCUGUAACCAAAGGUAUAGUUUUGGGUCUUUAUUUUAGAAGAACUGACUGGUAAAUGAAGAAGUGGACCAAAUUUCGUGUAAAUGAUUAGAAAGAUGAAGUAUUACCCUUUGACUGUUUUUUAAUUCAUCCUGAGAAAGGUAUAUUCUCCUGCAGCUCUUCAUUCAUGGGUGACAAGCCCCCAAACUGGGAUUUUACUAAUGAGCUUGUUAA